AUGUGCUUCGGGUUGGGGUCUGGGGCGGAGAAGGGGAGGGUGAGCCCUACGGGCCUCUCUGGAGCAAUGCCAUGGUGGUCUCUAGGUGUGGUCCUGAUGGUGGCUACUUCCGCGGAUCAGGCUCCGGCCGCCCCGGCCCCCUGGGCAGGUGGGCUGGAGGAGAGAAAGGGCCCACCUAAUGUGGUGCUGGUGAUGAGCGAUUCUUUCGAUGGAAGACUUACAUUUCAUCCAGGAAAUCAGACAGUGGCACUUCCCUUUAUAAAUUUCAUGAAAAAACGUGGCACCCUUUUUCUCAAUGCAUACACAAAUUCCCCUAUCUGUUGCCCAUCACGUGCAGCAAUGUGGAGUGGCCUCUUUACUCAUUUAACUGAAUCUUGGAAUAAUUUUAAGGGCCUAGAUCAAAAUUAUACAACAUGGAUGGACCUCUUGAAAAAAUAUGGCUACCAUACACAAAAGUUUGGGAAACUAGACUAUACUUCAGGACAUCACUCCCUUAGCAAUCGUGUGGAAGCAUGGACAAGAGACGUUGAUUUCUUGCUUCGUCAAGAGGGCAGACCGAUGGUUAAUCUUAUCCCUAAUAAGAUGAAAACAAGAAUAAUGGAAGAAGACUGGCAGAAUACAGAUAAAGCAACAAACUGGUUAAGAAAAGAAGCAAUUAAUUUUACUCAACCAUUCGUUCUUUAUUUGGGGUUAAAUUUACCACAUCCUUAUCCAUCACCAUAUAUGGGGGAAAAUUUUGGAGCCUCCACAUUUCAAACAUCUCCUUAUUGGCUUGAAAGAGUAUUUUAUAAAGCUAUCAAAAUUCCAGAAUGGUCUCCUGUAUCAGAAAUGCAUCCUGUAGAUUAUUAUUCUUCCUACACUAAAAACUGCACUGGGCAGUUUACAAAGAAAGAAAUUAAAGAUAUUAGAGCAUUUUAUUAUGCUAUGUGUGCUGAAACAGAUGCCAUGCUUGGUGAGAUUAUUUUGACUCUCCACCAGUUAAAUCUUCUUCAGAAGACUAUUGUUCUGUUCACCUCUGACCACGGAGAGCUGGCCAUGGAUCAUCGCCAGUUCUACAAAAUGAGCAUGUAUGAAGCGAGUUCCCACAUUCCUCUUGUGAUGAUGGGGCCUGACAUUAAAGCAAACCACCACGUUCCAGAUAUGGUCUCUCUAGUAGAUAUUUACCCCACUCUGCUAGAUAUUGCUGGAAUUCCUCUCCAUCAGAAUCUGAGUGGAUAUUCUUUGAUCCCAUUAACAUCAGAAGCAGCAAACAACAAUUCUCCAGCUGCAAUGCCACGCCCUCCCUGGAUUCUGAGUGAAUUCCAUGGCUGCAACGUGAAUGCUUCCACCUAUAUGCUCAGAAUUGACAAAUGGAAAUACAUAACCUACUCCGAUGGUACCUCAGCACCUCCUCAACUCUUUGAUCUUUCUUCAGAUCCAGAUGAACUAACAAAUAUAGCCACAAGGUUUCCAGAAAUCACACAUUCUCUGGACCAAAAGCUUCGCUCCAUUAUAAACUAUCCUGUAGUUUCUGCUUCUGUCCACCAGUACAACAAGAAACAGUUUAUCAGUUGGAAAGACAGCUUAGGACAAAACUAUACAGAAGUUAUAGCAAACCUGAGGUGGCACCAGGACUGGCUGAAAGAACCAUUGAAGUAUGAAAGUGCAAUUAACCAAUGGCUUAAAAACCAACACUAAUCUGUAAAAUAUCUGUCCAAGAAUGUGUAACAAUGUACUUUAUCUAUAUGCUUUUGUCUCUUUACACAAAUUGGGGCAGCUAGGCAGCUCAGUAGACAGUACUAACAUUAAACAACUUAAUUGAAAUAUAAAAGAAAAACUUUAUAGAUACAAAUACUCUAAUACAAAGAUAAUACCUCUAUGAAAUGUUUUAACAUUUAUUGAAACUUUAAAGUUCAUUAAGUAUCAAACAAAGCCAUAAGAUCAUAGAUUUAGAGUGGAAAGUGCCUUUAUUUUCUAGAAGAAUAUGAAGCACACUAAAGUUACAUGAUUUGCCUAACAUCACCAAGGCAGUAAGUAGCAGAUUCAGGAGAUAACAAGUCACUCCUGGAAUCCAUCAGUUCUUUUCUGCACUGUGGAAUGAAGUUUGUGUGAGCCUGGGGAACUGGAUUUAUUCAGAGUAGCAAGAACCUAGAUCUAACCCAAACACUGUAGUUACUUUGAAAAAAAAAAAAGUUCUGCCAAAAAACUUUUUUUGCAAAUAAACUGAGAUGUAGUCCAUUA